CUGAACUUUGCAUUUCAGCUAGCAUGUUGCUGUGGCAGUGCAGCUUGUUCGCUGUGCUGCGCCGCCUGCCCAACUGCUCGUAAUUCGACUACAACUCGCAUUAUGUAUGCAAUUAUGCUAUUUGUUGGCACUUUUGUCGCGUGCAUCAUGUUGGCUCCUGGAAUUCAACAAAAGUUGGCUGACAAUAACUGGUUCUGUCAAGGGCUGAGCGAAUAUGCUGGUCUAAACUGCGAACGAGCGACGGGCUUCCAGGCUGUUUACAGGAUGUGCGCAGCAAUGGCUUCAUUCUACUUCAUUUUUAUGCUGUUAAUGUUCGGAGUCAAAACAUCGAAAGAUCCGAGAUCAACAAUACAAAACGGAUUUUGGUUCUUCAAAUAUCUUCUGCUGGCUGGAUUGACCGUUGGAUUUUUCUUCAUUCGUAGUGAGCACUUGUCAACACCUCUGAUGUGGUUCGGUAUGAUUGGUGGAUUCCUGUUCAUUCUGAUCCAGUUAAUCUUGAUUGUGGACUUUGCCCAUGGUCUAGCCGAGAGCUGGGUAGAGAAAUAUGAAGAAGAUGAAUCGCGUUGCUGCUAUGCCGGCCUGCUCUUCUUCACAUUCGGUUGUUAUGCUGUAGUAGGAGUAGGAGUUCUGCUCAUGUUUCUAUUUUACACCACGGGAGCGACUUGUGCUCUACCGAAGGUCUUUAUAUCUUUCAACGCUUUCUUGUGUCUAGUAGUCAGUGUCCUGUCGAUUAUGCCGUUUGUGCAAGAAAGAAUGCCGCGUUCCGGUUUACUUCAGUCAGCGUUCAUCUCCAUCUACGUCAUGUACUUGACUUGGGCAGCUCUUGUCAACAAUCCUGACAAACCCUGCAAUCCAUCGCUUAUCAGCAUCUUCACAAACGCUACUCGUCCAGGAGAUAAAGAUGAACACACGUAUGGCACCCCGUUUGCGGCACAGUCAAUUGUGUCGUUAGUUCUGUGGUUCUUGUGUCUACUGUAUGCUUCAAUUCGAACAUCGACAAACUCGUCGCUCGGCAAAAUUACUGGUGGAGGUGAUAACAUGCAACUGAGUGGGUCACGAGACGCGAUUAUACCUACAAGCGGUGAGUGCGCGGUCCCGCCUUGGAAUUAG